CAUCCCAUAUCUCCACCGAGGCUCCAGCAACCACGACCACGGACCACCACAAGCACCGCACCGUAUCAUGUUCAAGACUAGCAUUGCACGACUCUCAACCAGGUCUCAGACCAUCACCCUUGCUAAGCGUAUGUACGCAGACGCACCAGCAGGCAGUGUGGCCGCUAGCAAGGAUGCUUUCGGCAAGCGCGAGAAGGCUCAGGAGGACAAGUACAUGCGCGACCGCGAACGAGAGAAGCAAGAGAGGCUCAAGAAGCACAUCAAGGACCAGCGUUCUGCCCUUGACGAGCUUGAGAAGUCGAUGGAGGACAAGCACUGAAGGCAUGGACUAACCGCUACGUUAUUGCAUUCCUAUCAAGUCCAUAUGACUCUAUGUCGUCCUCAUUAUGAUACUGAUCUACUUCCUAUCGACAUCAAGCCCCGGAGAGCGUAUACUUCAUCUUAAAGCUCGUG